AUGGCAGCUCAACCUCCACCACCUAACAAAUGGACAUCGUGGUUGUCCCAGAUUUAUAGCUCGGGCAAGGGGCCGGUGCUCGGUACGGUCGAUAUGCAGGAAAUCGAGGAUAAAGCCCGCGAGAUUAUGAAAGACAACUCUAUUGCAUACCUGUAUGCGAUGAAGAGUGCGGGUACCUGUUCGACCGACGAUGCUAAUAGGAAGGCCUUUGAAAGGUGGAAGCUCGUUCCGCGCAUGUUAAGGGACGCAACACUGCGCAAUAUUGAGACAACAAUUUUGGGUAUGAAGGUCUGCUCACCGAUAUUCAUUGGACCAGUCGGCAAACUAGGCCUAGCGCAUGCCGAUGGAGAGCUUGCGGUUGCUCGUGCAGCUGCGGCAGUCGGCGUACCGAUGAUUUUGAGCUCUUCCGCAUCGCGGUCUCUCGAGGAUGUAGCAGAAGCGAAUGGGCCGAACAGCCAACGGUGGUAUCAAUUUUACUGGCCUCGUUCUUCCGAUGUGGCAUUGUCCGUCCUCAAACGCGCGAAGGAAAAUGGAUACACUGGUCUCGUUAUCACGGUUGAUACGAUGAUUAUCGGAUGGCGAUCGCAUGACCAUCGCAUCGGAUACAGCCCUGCAGGACAUGGCUUCGGGGUUCAACAGGGUAUGGCAGAUCCGGUGUUUAUGAAGCGUCAUGGACUCGCCGCCCGCCAUGAGCGUCCGAAGUUUCCAUUCGAUCAGGAAGAUAUCAGGAGGAGAGCAGCGGAAGGUGACGAGGAAGUGAAACAGUCGAUGUUCCUUGCGAACCAGUGGCUUAGCGAGACAGGAUCUGGGCUUUUCAGAACAUGGGACGACCUUCAGUUCUUCAAGGACAAUUGGGAUGGACCUAUCUUGCUCAAGGGAAUACAAGCCGUCAACGAUGCGGAGAGGGCAAUCGAUAUGGGCAUCGACGGGAUUAUUGUCUCGAAUCAUGGGGGUCGUCAAGUAGAUGGCGCAAUAGCCUCACUGGAUGCGCUUGACAUGAUCAUGCGUUCACAGAAAGUUCUUGGCGCUCAGAAAUCGGGAAAACUAACUGUCCUAUUCGAUUCGGGGAUUCGAACAGGCAGCGAUGUAAUUAAGGCGCUUGCAAUGGGAGCGCAGGGUGUUUUAAUUGCCCGACCAAUUGCGGGGGUGGAGCAAAUUUUGAUGCAGACCAUUUGUGAUUUGCACAUUACGAUGGGUUUAUGUGGGUUCAGAGAUGUGAAAGACCUGACAGGUAAACGGGAUGAACUGUUGGUCAAGGUAUCUCCCGUUUGGAACUGA